AUGAAUGAAGUACGUGCUAUUGAAAAUCAUAGUGAGCAUACUGAUACAGAUGAUGAAAAUGAAGAUUCGGAUGAAGAAGAUAAUAAUAAUAUCGAUCAAGUUGAUAAUGGUGGUAGUGGUGAUAAUUUUUCAGAUGAAGAUGAUUCAAUUUCUAUCAAUAGUGAAUCGGAUAUUGAAAGUUUAGAUGAUUCAUAUCAAAAUAACUUUAAAGUUGGUGUUGAUGUACAUUCUAGUGAAACUUCUGAUUUAUCAUUGCCACAACCUGAUCCAUGUAUUGGUUUAACUGUCGACAGUGAGUAA